AUGGACACCCAGCUUCGCGAACUCUUCCCAUUUCUCAGGGAUAGGAACCCCCAGGUUAGGCAGAUAGCCCUGGAAAAUUUGCUACCCCAAACAGUCAAAGGGGCACCUCACAGAGACAUAUUUUUUUCUGGGCUCUCGUCUGGGGGAUUACAAAAGCCCAAAGAGAGUGAUGUGAUCCGAGAUCUCAAGGUUUUAUGCAGGGAUCAGUUGAGCGUCGCCCAUGAUGCCUUCAGGGCGUUGGUCAAUCUAUCUGACUCACCUCUGAUGAUCGCACCGCUCUCAGAGCAAUCCUUUAUCAGUUUCAUUGCCUCAUAUAUUAUUAACCCUCAUUCAAUCCUCGCCGAUCUUGCAUCGAUGCUCCUCUCCAAUUUAACUGCAGCCACGACGGCGUGUUCCAUCCUCCUUACACUAAAAGUACCAGUUAUUCCGGAUAGUCGGCUUUCAAAUAACACCUAUCCAGUCGAGUCAAGAUGUGGUUCAUGUCCUGCUCCGGUUCCGUAUCCUAGUGCAGAUCAAAAGGAAGUGAUGGCCUUACCUCUCUUGAUCGACGCUUUUGUCGAGGGCGCGCAGAUAGUGGAAUCCGGUGAUCUUUCUAAACGAACGAGAAAGGCUGAACUUCACUUUUUGGCAAACGUCUUUGCAAAUAUGACAGUGUCACCAAUCGGGAGAAACUACUUCCUAUCCCCCCAGCCCACCACGGUGUCAAAGCCAAACCAGCCUCUUGAAUAUCCUUUGGCCAAACUCGUCGCUUUCACUCAACAUAAAGACAAGAUACGCCGAGGCGGUGUUGCAUCUUCCAUCAAAAAUUGCGCUUUCAAUGCCCGUGGUCACAAAGCCAUCCUGAGUCCAGAGUCAGUACUUGUUGCUGUCCCUCCUUCAAAGGAAACUGCUCCCGGAAUCGAUGCCUUGCCUAACCUUCUUCUGCCUCUUGCUGGCCCUGAAGAGUUCGAUCUCGAUGAUCAAGAGAAGCUUCUCGAACCUCUCCAAUUUUUACCAUCAACGAAAACGCGCGAACCUGACGCUACAAUCCGAUUAACCCAUGUUGAAACUUUGCUGCUGCUUUGUCACACUCGCUGGGGACGAGACUAUCAACGAGAACAUGGUGUUUACCAAAUUGUGCGGGCAGCCCACGAAAACGAGACCGUUGACAAGAUUUCUGAGCAUAUCGAACGCCUCGUCCAACUCAUCCAAGGAGAGGAACCAAAGAUUGCGCUUGCCGAAGAAGACGAAUUUAACGAACUCGAAAACGCUCCACAGGCCCAGAUGGGAUCUGCACCGGAAUCCGAGUCCGUGAAGCCUGCUGAAGACUCUGAUGAUGAAGAUAUGCGAAUCGAGGAGAUUUGA